AUGGACGUGGACUCGCGCAUGACGACCGAGUCAGACUCCGACUCUGACGCGGCGGCGGCGGCGGCCGCCAGCGCCGGCGGCUCAGGGUCGGGGAGCGAGACCUCGUCGUCCGCGCCGUCGACGCCCGGGACACCCGGAACGCCCGCGGCGGCCCCGAAUCCGGCGGCUGUAGGGGCUGCGGGGCCGGGGCCGAGGCCGGCGCCCGGGUACACGGUGGUGAACGCGGUGAUCGAGAAGAAGGAGGACGGGCCAGGCUGCCGGUGCGGGCACACGCUCACGGCGGUACCGGCCGUCGGGGAGGAGGGCACGCCGGGGUACAUCGGACCGAGGCUGAUCCUGUUUGGUGGCGCCACCGCGCUCGAGGGGAACUCUGCCACGCCGCCCUCUUCUGCUGGGAGCGCGGGGAUCCGUCUUGCUGGCGCGACAGCAGACGUCCAUUGUUAUGACGUGUCAUCAAACAAGUGGAGCAGGCUUACCCCACUUGGCGAGCCUCCUUCACCAAGAGCUGCACAUGUGGCAACUGCAGUUGGAACCAUGGUGGUCAUUCAGGGUGGAAUUGGCCCUGCCGGUUUAUCUGCAGAGGAUCUUCAUGUUCUAGACCUUACACAGCAACGACCACGAUGGCACAGAGUGGUGGUACAAGGGCCUGGUCCGGGUCCACGAUAUGGUCAUGUGAUGGCCUUGGUUGGGCAGAGAUUUUUAUUGACUAUUGGUGGAAAUGAUGGGAAGCGACCUCUAGCGGAUGUAUGGGCUCUUGAUACUGCAGCUAAGCCAUAUGAAUGGAGGAAACUUGAACCAGAAGGUGAAGGACCGCCUCCAUGCAUGUAUGCCACUGCAAGCGCGCGCUCUGAUGGUCUCCUCUUACUUUGUGGUGGGAGGGAUGCGAAUAGUGUGCCCCUGUCAAGUGCAUAUGGUCUUGCGAAACAUAGAGAUGGGCGCUGGGAAUGGGCAAUUGCUCCUGGUGUCUCUCCAUCGCCCAGAUACCAACAUGCAGCUGUUUUUGUCAAUGCACGACUUCAUGUGUCGGGAGGUGCUCUUGGAGGUGGGCGGAUGGUGGAAGACUCCUCGAGUGUUGCAGUACUGGACACUGCUGCUGGAGUCUGGUGCGACACAAAGUCAGUUGUUACAACUCCCAGAACAGGAAGAUACAGUGCAGAUGCGGCAGGUGGUGAUGCUGCUGUUGAGCUUACACGACGGUGCAGGCAUGCAGCAGCUGCUGUUAAUGAUUUAAUAUUUAUUUAUGGAGGUUUACGGGGAGGGGUACUUCUGGAUGAUCUUCUUGUGGCUGAGGAUCUUGCUGCUGCUGAAACAACAAAUGCUGCUAAUCAUGCAGCAGCAAGUGCAGCAGCCACAAACCUGCAAGCGGGACGAGCACCUGGAAGGUACGAAGAACGAACAAGACAAACGUCUACGGAAUCAGGUCCUGAUGGCGCUGUAGUUCUUGGGACUCCAGUUGCACCUCCUGUAAAUGGAGACAUGUAUACUGAUAUCAGCCCUGAGAAUGCCGUGUUGCAGGGACAGAGGAGGUUAAGCAAAGGUGUGGAUUACUUAGUUGAAGCAUCAGCAGCAGAGGCGGAGGCAAUCACUGCUACAUUAGCUGCUGUGAAGGCCAGGCAAGUUAAUGGUGAUAUGGAGCACUCGCCUGACAAGGAGCAGUCUCCAGACUCAACAUCAAGCAGCAAACAUUCAAGCCUCAUCAAACCAGACAGUGUUCUUUCUAAUAACAUGACAGCUCCACCUGGAGUUCGAUUGCAUCAUAGAGCUGUUGUGGUGGCUGCCGAAACUGGAGGUGCCUUAGGUGGUAUGGUCAGACAGCUAUCAAUUGACCAAUUCGAAAAUGAAGGAAGAAGGGUCAGCUAUGGCACCCCAGAGAAUGCAACUGCAGCAAGGAAGCUACUAGAUAGACAAAUGUCUAUUAACAGUGUUCCUAAAAAGGUAAUUGCAUCUCUGUUAAAACCUCGUGGCUGGAAGCCUCCUGUCCGAAGGCAAUUCUUCUUGGACUGCAAUGAAAUUGCAGAUCUAUGUGACAGUGCUGAGAGAAUAUUUUCAAGCGAACCAAGCGUUUUGCGGCUUAAAGCUCCUGUUAAGAUAUUUGGUGAUUUACAUGGACAAUUUGGAGACCUAAUGAGGUUGUUUGAUGAAUAUGGUGCUCCUUCGACUGCAGGAGACAUCGCUUACAUUGAUUAUCUAUUCUUGGGAGAUUAUGUAGAUCGUGGCCAGCAUAGUUUAGAAACCAUCACGCUUCUUCUUGCAUUGAAGGUUGAAUAUCCUCAAAAUGUACAUUUGAUUCGUGGGAAUCAUGAAGCUGCAGAUAUCAAUGCUUUGUUUGGUUUCCGAAUAGAAUGUAUAGAGCGAAUGGGUGAGAGAGAUGGUAUCUGGACAUGGCAUCGAAUGAAUAGGCUAUUCAAUUGGCUUCCUUUGGCUGCACUGAUAGAAAAGAAAAUCAUCUGUAUGCAUGGUGGCAUUGGUCGGUCAAUCAACCAUGUUGAGCAGAUUGAGAAUCUUCAAAGGCCAAUUACAAUGGAAGCUGGCUCAGUUGUCCUCAUGGAUCUUCUGUGGUCUGAUCCAACAGAGAACGACAGUGUUGAAGGACUGAGGCCCAAUGCUCGGGGCCCUGGUCUUGUUACAUUUGGGCCUGAUCGUGUUAUGGAGUUCUGCAACAACAAUGACCUUCAGUUAAUUGUACGAGCACAUGAAUGUGUGAUGGAUGGCUUCGAGCGCUUUGCUCAAGGCCACUUGAUCACUCUUUUCUCAGCGACAAAUUACUGCGGUACUGCAAAUAAUGCCGGUGCAAUCUUGGUUUUGGGUAGAGAUCUUGUGGUCGUGCCAAAACUAAUUCAUCCUUUGCCCCCUGCAAUUACAUCACCCGAGGCAUCACCAGAUCAUAUUGAGGACACAUGGAUGCAGGAGCUUAAUGCUAACAGACCACCAACUCCGACCAGGGGCCGUCCCCAAGCAGUAGCUAAUGACCGAGGCUCUCUUGCCUGGAUGUAGUAGAUUCGCCUUACAUUGGUUGGUAUGAUCCAUAUGAAGCCUGAGUCAGAAGGAUCUUGCUAUUUUCAUUUGUGUUCGGCAGAGGCUGGCCCACAGCCACAUAUUGAUGUACAGGGAGCAGAGCGGACUAUAAAGCUAUUAGAAGGGAGCUUUGUCUAGGACAGCGCUCUCCAAUUAAUUUGACCGAACACAAAUAGCAGUGCAUAUAGAACUCAUCAGAAGAUCCUUGGGAGGCUUCACUUGUAUAUACUCAGCUCGGUGGAUAGGGGGCGGCGGUGUAUGAUGUGUUUUUUUUUGCAUCCAAUUGGAAUGACAAAGGAAAUAGUGCUAUUGUACUAGGUAUUCUUUCCUUUCUCUUUCUCCGGGCCUAGAAUUUUCCUCUUGUUGCAAAGUAUUUUUGAGUUGCCACAGGGAUUUGCCUGGCGGGGUCGCAGUCCAGUUAUCGUGUAUAAUAGCCCUCCCAACCUCAAUGUAAUUUCAGUCUGAUGCUGAUGUGUACAAUUUUGUGUUUAAAGUUUUGGGUGGCGAAAGGAGUUUGCGGUUUGAUUUAUUAGAGGUAAAAGAGCUGUUACUUGCCA